AGUUUCGAUCACAGUCUUUGUGAAAUCAAAAUUUCAAAAUGUCCAAGCUUUUUGUCGGCGGCCUUGCCUGGCACACCACUGAUGAGACCCUCCGUCAGGGAUUCUCCGAGUUUGGCAACAUUGAAGAAGCUAUCGUUGUCAAGGACCAUGACACCAACCGCAGCCGUGGCUUCGGUUUCGUCCGUUUCUCUAGCCCUGAGGAGGCCGACUCCGCUGCCCAGGCCAUGAACAACCAGGAAUUCGAUGGCCGCGUCAUCCGUGUCGACAAGGCCUCGGAGCGCCAAGGCCCGCGCUCCGGUGGUGGAUUCCAUGGACGCGGUGGGUACAACCGUGGUGGAUACGGCGGCGGCGGCGGCUGGCGUAACCAGCAGCAGGACGAGACUGGCCAUGCCGAGUAGGCUGCUUAAGCAUGCCCGCCGCCAUGGUCCGGCCUUUCGCCCUUGCUUUCAUUCUCAUUUACUUCUUUCGUGCAUGUCACCUGCCGUCGUCCCUUCGGACAUAAAGUUUGGGAUAAACACGAGCGCAUGCUCACCGGCUUUUUAUGAUGGAGAUUCAUGACGAUACGACCUUUUUACUUUGACGUCUGAUCAUUGCGAUAAUGACAUCUCUUUUGACUUGACUCGCAUCGCGUAACUUAAAUCAUUUGUGUCUUGUCGUUUACUCGGGUCAUUGUUGACAUGUAUGUAAUCUGACCUAUGUUACACCUGGUUUGAGCCAAAGGGUGUGGUCCAACGAAGCGCUAGUGUUCUAUCGUGAAUUUGGAAUGAUUCUAGGUCCAAGUCAUGAUCUAUCUUAUCCGUACACAACCAGUAGCCUACUCCACCGGCGGGA